UCUGUGCGCCAGUUGUAAAAGUUUAUCGGUUCGCGCCGGUCGUGUUUUCAAUAUUUUCUUAUAUCAUUUAAAAGCAUUGUAUUGAAAUUACAUAAAAGCAAUAUGUGUUUCUUCAAUCUUUAGUGUAUCACAAAUUUACUUACAUUUGUUUCAAGAAAUUUCGUUCAGUGAUUGUUUAAAUUCACGAUCAAAAUGAGGUUGGCCGGGAUAAUUUUCAGUAAUGUUACCAAAAUGCUGGACUUCUACUCUCAGUUCAACCCAUCGCCGCUGUCUAUAAAGCAGUUUAUAGACUUUGGGCUGAAUGCGUGUGAGAAGAAGUCAUACCUGUUUCUGAGGAAAGAGCUGCCUGUCAGGCUAGCCAACAUAAUGAAGGAGAUAGCCCUCCUACCAGAGCACCUGCUGCGCAUGCCGUCAGUCGGCAUGGUGAACCAGUGGUACGAGCGCUCGUUCCAGGAGAUCAUACAGUUUGAGAAGCAGGAGCCCACGCCGACCACGCUCACUGAGUUUUGUUCCCGGCUGGUGCACAUCCGAAACCGGCACGCGGACGUGGUGGCCACCAUGGCGCAGGGGGUCCUGGAGCUGAAGGAGAGCCACGAGGUGGACGCGGGCACGGAGCACUCGAUCCAGUACUUCCUGGACCGGUUCUACAUGAGCCGCGUCUCCAUCCGGAUGCUCAUCAACCAGCACACAAUCCUAUUCGGCGAGCAAUUCGGCCAAGAAUCCGUGAACGGCAUGGGCUGCGGCGGCCGCCACAUCGGGUCGAUCGACCCGGCGUGCGACGUGGUGUCGGUGGUGAAGGACGCGUACGAGAACGCCAGGUUCCUGUGCGACCGCUACUACCUGGCGUCGCCCGAGUUGCAGAUACUGCAGCAUGGGGUGGCAAGCACCCAACCGAUGCCGAUAGUCUACGUGCCAUCUCACCUCUACCACAUGUUGUUCGAGUUGUUCAAGAACGCGAUGCGAGCCACCAUGGAGAGGCAUGAAGGGGCGCCACCGCCGGUUGUGGUCAACCUGGUGAGGGGGACGGAAGAUGUGUCUGUUAAGAUGUCGGACCGCGGCGGCGGCAUCCCGCGCAGCGCGUCCGACUUACUAUUCAAGUACAUGUACAGCACCGCCCCGCAGCCCAGCAAGUCCGACGCACACAAUGUGCCGCUAGCCGGCUACGGCUACGGGCUGCCCAUCUCGCGGCUGUACGCGCGCUACUUCCACGGGGACCUCGUGCUCAUCUCGUGCGAGGGCUUCGGCACCGACGCCGUCAUCUACUUGAAGGCUCUAACGAACGAAGCGAACGAACUUCUACCAGUCUUCAACAAGACAUCGUCGAAAUUCUACAAGCCAUCCGUGCAGCUCGCCGAUUGGUCCGGGCCCGUGCACAAUCUGAACACGCCCAAUCAGAACAAGGAGAAGGCGGCCCUUCAGAAGGCGAGGGACAAGGCUAGAUAGUGCAUACUCUCUCUGAGACGGUUUUGGCGCGAUCUCAAAGAGAAAUUUCACUGAAAAAAAAAACGCCAAAUUGUUUAGAUUUUCGUAAGUCGGCCCA